AUGAUCACCAGGGGGUGGGAGGUGAUGCUUCUACGAGCGGGCGGGGGGCAGCUGCCGGCUCAGGGUACUCGAGGGGUACGCGGGGUCGCGCCGGCCUCGCCGCCCUGUCCCUUGCGCGUUGUCACCGGCCGCUGUUGGAACCGUGGCACCGCAAACACCGCCGGGGCCACCGCCCGCACCCUCACCCUCCCUGGCAGCGACAGCAGCGACAGAGGCGCCGUGAAGGUUCACCUGCCGCAGGACACUGCGAGCCCGUGUCUUCCCGGUGACAAGUUUACAGGACGCGCCGCUUCAAAAUCCACGGCAAACUGGAGCACCCCCGGAGGGCACUUGUGCAGGCAGCCCGUGCCCGUGCGGGGGAACCGCGCUGACCUCUCUGCUCUGCCUCCCGCUCUGCCUCCUGCUCCGGCCGCAGCGCGGCUCCCGCACACCGCGGGCACCCCCUGCCCCAGAGCUGCGGGGAGCUGCGGGAUCGGGACAGCGGCUGAUGCUGGCUUUGCUCGUUUCUAUGACGGACCGACACAAGAGCAGCGAAACGAGACCUUGGCCAUUAGCGCAUCCUUCCUCCCCGCGACUCCUGGCCAGGCUGGGGGGGGACUCCGGAGCUGCCAGCUCAGCUCAGCUCAGCUCAGCUCAGCUCAGCUCAGCUCAGCUCAGCUCAGCUCAGCCCUGUGUUGGGCCAAGCCCCGGCACCUGCUCCCUCCGGGCCGCCUCAGCCGUGCGGGGCACGGAGCGCGCCCGACACCAGCGCCCGGAGGCGUCCCGGGAAAUCCUCAGCGGCGGAGCCCGAGCACGGGGAGGAAAGCCCGGACCCUUCUGUCUCGGGAUGGGCUGAGAACUUUUGGGAAACGGCCAGCGGCACUUUCCUCAGCUGUUCCCGUCUAGCCAGCACCAGGGAGAGAGGGAAAUCUCCCGUCCCGCUGCACAGGCCGGGAGCGCUGGCAGCAGCUCCCCUCGGGGGCGCACGGCAUGCCGAGAGAAGCUGCUCCCUCUUUGCAGGAGGCAUUUGCCCGCCUCUUUCCGAGAUCCCGACCCCGAUUCCGAUCACACUCCGGCGUAAAUCACCCUGUCUCGCCCAAGAGCCCAGUUGAAAGCAGUGGCCGAGGAGAUGGCAGUUCAGGGCCGGCAUCUCCUUUGUCGGCUUCCAGAGCCAGGCGGCCCGGAACAUUUUGCCCUGUCCCCUCCAAACACAGCCCGAUCCAGAACUCUGCCAGGCUUCAUUGCCCGCUUCCAUUGGUAAUUCCUGAUAACGCUCAGUCUUCGAUUGUGCUGAAGGCAUAUUCUGCAAGGCUAAACAAUAGCUGGACUCCUCCAGCUAUUCUAGUGAUAGUCCCACUCGAUCCCGAGAAAAACGGGGUGGGGAACCUGCUUCAACCUGAGCAUCGCCGCCGCACCUCCCCAGCCGACGAUUUCUCUCUGCCAUGCUGCUGACAAAUUCAGGGAUCGGUCACUCUUACUAAACUCCUAAACGAUCCCCCCGCGGUUCGGAGGUGGGCGAGACUGACUGAAACGGAGAUAAAUCCCCAGCCCUUCCCCUCCUGCUCACGCCGCUCCCAGCACGCAGGGGGAUCUGUCUCCUUUCACUCAGGGAGCUGAUCAGAGUUUGAUUAUUUAAGUGCUAAGAGAAGCAGAAACAAAGCUGCGAAGCAUCUCCAGGAGCGCAGGGGGCAGAAACUCAUCACAGCGGGCCCAAUCCCUCAUUGCCGCCGGAAAGGCAGGACCAUCCUUCCCUGUGCGGGCUGCCGUGGGCACUGGAACGCUUUCGAGGACAUGUUGUGUAUCCCCUGAGGGCAAAAGAGGUUUGUCUUAUGCACAGAGGAGAAAAGAUGCGUGGUUCUCCCCGCAGCUGCCGGGGACCCCUCCGAGCCGGUGCGGGGAUGAUGAAGAAGCCCCCGCGGGGUCCGGAACAUCUCCCUUGGCCCCGGCUCUUCCCCCUCCCCAGAGCCGAGCCCGCCAUGCAGCGGGCCGGGCCAGGCCGGCGGGGCUUGGGCCAUUAUUGUACCGUAAAUCUUGGAAACCCUGGAACUAAUUACGGAGAGGAUAUGUCUCAAUUUGUUCCGCAUUAGUGCCGCGCCGGGACGCAGGCACCGAGCACGGGAAAUUGAUGGGCCCGGCCCGGCCCAGCCCCGAAGGGACGGCGGCCCUGACCCCGCGUUCAACCCGGGGGCGGCCCCGCUCCGCCUCCCGCACCUGCGGGGCCCCGAGGCCGCCCCGCACCCGCACCCGGCCCGGGCGGUGCCCGCUGCAGCGCAGAGGUACCACUCGGGCUCCAGGAAAUUUAUUAGCGUGCUGCUAGGACGAGGCUCGGUAUAAAUCACCCAGCUGUAUAGGGCCAUAAAGCAUCCCCGUGUAUCCCGCCCUCGGCGGGGUUCUGGUGAAUAGGAGUUCAUGGAAGGCUGGGUAUCAGUAACAUCUUUCAGAUCUGGAGUAUGUGACGUUUUUAGAGUCUUAGAUAUACAAUGGGGUAUACUUAUGGAGCGGCUAAAAGUAUUACAUAGAAUUUUUAUAGGUAUUUUGUACUUACAUGCAAAAGAAAUUUUGGGGGAAAAAGCUCUUAGGUAAUAUGCUCAGUUCUUGGCAUUGCCGGUAAUGGCCUUGAAAGUAAUAAAAUUAUUAUUUCGGCAGGAGAAAAAUAAAAAUAUGCU